AUGUUCAGGCAGACGAUCGCUGUUGCCCUAUUGGCUGUGGCUUUGGCCGGACCUAUUGGCGAACUUUCGUUGAGAGCGAAGAGGCAAGCAUGUGGAUCUGCGGGACUUUGCGGCGUCCAGUGCUGCACUGUUCAGCAACAGCAGCCCGCUUGCGAUUGCCAGCAGCAACAGCCCGCCUGCGCAUGCCAACAGCAGCAGCCCGCUUGCGAUUGUCAACAACAACCAUCGUGCGACUGUCAGCCCCAGCAGAUCGUCCUCCAGGUCCAGCAGCCUGCCUGUGACUGCCAGCAACAACAACCCGCCUGCUGCCAACAGCAACAACCUGCCUGCGAUUGCCAACAGCAACAGCCUAGCUGCUGCCAGCAGCAACAGCCCGCCUGCGACUGCCAGCAACAGCAACAGCCCAGCUGCUGCCAGCAGCAACAGCCAUCGUGCGACUGCCAGCAGCAACAACAGCCCAGCUGCUGCCAACAACAGCAACAGCCGGCCUGCGAUUGCCAGGCUCAGCAGCCGUCGUGCGAUUGUGCCCAGGUCCAGGUCCAGGUUUCCAUGCAGCCAUCGCAGCCGUCGCAGUGUGCUCCAGCUUGCCAGCCGGCUUGCUCGAGCUCGUGCAUGGCUAGCCAACCAGCGCAGAUGACGCAGUACAGCGCGUCCACCACCUCGUGUGCCGCUUCGAACUGUGUGUGCCAGCGGGGAUACGUGAAGUGUGCCGAGCAAACGUGCUGCCUCCGCUACCGCUACACCGCCAAGCGCGCCCGCCGCUCCGUCUUC